UGGAAAAUACAUUAUUUAAAAAUUAGGCAAAGUUGGACUGAAGAUAGCUCAAUGAAUUAACUAAUUGUACUAUAGUCUAGAGAAAGAACCAAAAAGUCUUGUGAAGUUUCCCACUUCCUUCCUACCAUCUGCCUUUCAAAUUUCUACUUAAUAAACUCUAUUAAACAUUUUGCCAAAUGAAAGAGGUCAAUAAAACAAAUAAUAUAGAAGAAAGAGUUAGGCCUAUUGAUUUCUCUGAUUUAUUUAUCAAAAUAUUGGAUAUUUCAAUAGCAAAGGAGUUCUUUUUUCGUCUCAAAAUCUGAAUAAUAUUCAUUUUGUUCUUGAGUGUGUUAAAGAGUUAAAAUGGCAGGUAUGCUUGCUGGUGUUGAAUGUGCAAGAAGAAGAAAGUUUCAUACAAAUAGUGGCUUGUUUGAUUCAUCAUCUAAUAUAUCUUCAUCCACAAGAAGGUCUUUUCUUUGUCUAUACACAAGCAGCCAUGAACAUAACUUUACCUCAAGAUUUUCCAAGGAAAGAAUUUCAACAAGCAAAGAGUAUGAAGAUGACAAAUUAGGUGAAGUUGCAAGAGAAGCCAAACAAAGGCUAGAUGAGAGGCUCACUUCCCAAUGGAAAUCACAAAAUAAGAGGGGUGCCAAGGGAUUCAAAAGUCUAGGACAAUGGAGGGGGCUGAUUUGCUGACAAAUUUGUUGGAACAAUGAAGUUGAAAUUGAGAAAAAAAAAAAAAUUGUUCAAUUAGUAUUUACACUAAAUCAAUACGAAUGCAUGAUAUGUAUUUUUCAUAAAUGUUAGUUAAACGAUAUGUUUUUCGUUUAAUAAUGAUAUGAUGUGACAACUUGAGGGACAAAGGUAAUUUUGAGUACUAGAUCGAAUUUUAAAGAACUUGUUUUGGUAUAACAUCGAGUGUAAAUAUAUAGUAUUUUUGCCUAUUAUUAGUGUGCAAGAUUUAUGAAAAAUAGUGUAGAAGUGUAUAAGAUUUCUUGUAAAUUUGAGCAAUAUGGUGUAUGGAAAUAAUGAACAUAGAAUUUGUUUGAUUGUU